GGGGCGGAGCUUGGCGGAGGAAACUGAGGCAGGAGGAAAGAGUGUCCCAGAGAUGGAGCUCUUUCCCCUUAGCUGGACACGGGCGCCAGGACCCCAGCCCAAACCUCCUUGUGGAGGGGGAGACCAGAGAGCCCGCGCGUCUGAGCGCUCAGAGAGGAGGUUACGGAGCUCGAGUCCAACCUCCAAGGGCAGAGGGCGCUGGGAUCCUGCACGCCUAGUCCCAGGGAGGUGGUGGCAGGGCGGGCCGAGGGACUCAACUCCUGGGCUGAAGGCGGAGGCAAUUCGGGUCUAGGUUACCUAGUCCGAGAGAGAAGGCAGCUGGGGACCAGGAGACCUCCCUCAUCCAGGGAGCCACACUCCUGCCAGGGUCGGGCGCCCGGCGCCUCUGAACACCCUGCCCUCCCUUCUUCCCUUCUCCGAGCAAGGGCGCGCAGUCACCCCAGGUGGCUGCCCCCUCCCUGUCCUGGGAUGUCAGGAAGGAGGGGGCCACCCGUGUCCUCUACAGGGGCCCCACCGAGCCUGGGGGCCCUCAGCCCUGGCCCUCAGAGGUGGAGGAGGUGCUGACAAGUCUGGUGCGCAGAGAUGCACCCACAUCCUUGCUGCUGCCUCCCCAUCCUCCUCCUCUCCCUUCUCCCCAAUGCCCCGGUGGGGUGCCACCCGCCACCCACCACACUGCCCCCAUUUCCAGCCCCCGAGUGGGACCUCCUAUCCCCCCGAGUAGCCCUGUCCAGGGGCGCUCCUGCUGGGCCUCCUCUGCUCUUCCUUCUGGAAGCCGGGGCCUUUGGGGAACCGGCCAGCGGUGUCCAGGGCGUCCCAGCCAACCGCAGUCGGCGUGGGGUGAGCGAGACGGCCCCCGCGAGUCGCCGGGGUGAGCUGGCCGUGUGCGAUGCAGUGAGUGGCUGGGUGACAGACCGGAGGACGGCGGUGGACUUGCGUGGGCGCGAAGUGGAGGUGCUGGGUGAGGUGCCCGGGGCGGGUGGCAGCCCUCUCCGUCAGUACUUCUUUGAGACCCGCUGCAAAGCCGACGGUUCAGGGGACGAUGGCGGGCCCGGGGCUGGCGGAGGCGGCUGCCGCGGAGUGGACCGGAGACACUGGGUGUCUGAGUGUAAGGCCAAGCAGUCCUACGUGAGGGCGCUGACUGCCGACGCCCAGGGCCGCGUGGGCUGGCGGUGGAUUCGAAUCGACACGGCGUGUGUCUGCACUCUCCUCAGCCGGACUGGCCGAGCCUGAGGCCCCUGUCCACGAACUGGUCCCACAGACCUAGAAAAGGAGGGAACUGAAGGCUAAAACACCUCCAGGGAGGCCUGGCUACUGAAAGGACCUCGGUUUGGGAACUUAAAUGAUCACAAAACAAGGCUUUCUUUUGAUUUUGAAAGCUCAAUCCAUGCAGUAUGUGUAGUGAAACCCCCAGUGGGGUUUCAAAGGUUGAGUAGGUGUUCUGGAUCAACUUGAGGGUAAUCAUGAGCGUUAUAAGAAUGACAA